AUGGUCACUGACGAUGCCUGUCAAGACAUUCUUGGGAAAAGACAAGGAGAGACCAGAAUCCUCGUCUCUUUCAACGCUGCACAUCGGUACCCAAACCUCAGACCCACCCGACCGCACCCCAGCCUCCCGGGGCUCCCCGAGGCGUGCACGUCCCCACCUCGCCCGCAACAUCACGCCUCUGAAGCCGGCCGCCCGCAGCCCCCGCGGGUCCCCGCCGUCGCCGCCCCUCCAGCCGGUCCACGGGCACCCGCCGGUGGGCUGGGUGGGGCCGCCCUCUCGGACGUCCCAUCCCCCCCGGCAGGGCGCGGAGGGGGAGGGGUCCCCGCGCCUCACCUACGACUCCGCCCUCCCCGGGGGCGCGCUGCCCGGACCCAGCCAGGGCCGUGGGGAGGAGCGGGCGCAGGAGAGACGAGGGCCCUGGCGCCAGCGACGGGCGGGAAGCUCCAGGCGCCGCCCGAUCCCGAGCUGCCGCCACCGCGGCCGUCUCACCCUCCUCUGGGCUGCCGAUGCCGCUGCCCGCCCGGGCGCCGCCGCCGCCACUACCGCCGCCGCCACAGCUCGGCCCGGGCGCCCGACGUCACCGCGCCCCGCCCCCUGCGCGAGUCCUCAGCCCCGCCCCGGGCCGACGUCAGCGCGAGCCCCGCCCCCGCCCGGCCGCGCCCGCUGGCCGUCCCGCAGCCUCCUGGGAGGGCGACUCGGCCGUGCGCGGGCCUCGGGCCCCUUCUAAGGGGCCGGUGGGCUGGGGGCUGGCGGGUGCGGGUGCACACGCGUACACACUCCCUGCGCGGGGCGCUCGGCGUCUGUCUCCUCCCGCUUGCCGUAGGAGGCGGCGCGGCACCGACAGUGGGCAACCACCACCGCCUCGGCGGACCGGUGCCGCGGAACCAGGGCCCAGGUCUCUCGGGGCAGGUGGGUUUCCCGCCCCGAGGCCCUCGGACUAUCCGCACCGCCCGGGAGACACUGCCGGCGGCCUGUCCGCGGUUCACCUCGGCGGCCUUCCCUGUCCUCGCGAGUGGCAGGCGGCCCCGCGUCGGGCGCCCCCGAUUGUGGUGCCGAAGCGCUGGCAGGUUUCGUAGUCUGAGGCGCGCACCGUUACUGUGAGGCUGUAGUAUUCUUGCCCUGGAAAUCCCAUGGAGAGAGGAGCCUGGCAUCCAUGGAGGAGUUACAUCCAUGAGGUCGCAAAGAGUCAGAUACAACUUAGCAACUAAACAGCAACCAAGAAAGGUAUGAUGGAAUACAAUCUGCAAAAAAAAGCAAACCAUGCCAUACACCUGAACCUAAUCCAACAUUGUAAAUCAAUUAUACUUCAGUGAAAAGUAAAAUUGCUCUAUUUUUGUUCCAGUC